AUGCACCACAUGGGAGGCAUCCUGAACUUUCUCUUGGUCGCUUGUCUGUUCCUGGCUGGUCCAUCGACUGCGGUUCCCCAUGAGAGAAAAAGCGAGUCCUCCCACUCGCUAGCUAAAAGAGCGAGUAGAGCCCAAGACCUUCAGAUGGAAUAUAGGGGUAUCUAUUUUGAGGAAGCAGCUGCUCAAUGCAGUGAUACCGAGUUCAAUAUCUUGGUCGAGACUCUAAAAGCAGUUAUCCCUUUUAUGGAGCAGGAUAAGGACGACAUCUAUCAUACCCCAGGAUGGAAUCGAUUUUUCGUCCAGAACCAAGAAAUCGGAGGAAACGAUGACACACACAAGAACUGGGAGCAUCCUCAAUUCCGUGACAUGUACAUGGGGAUAAUAGACAAUUUCAAUCGGGUUAUAAAUUUUCCCACAAAAGGGCGAUCGGGUUGGCAAAGCAUGGAGCAACGAAAAAGGAUCACAUUGACAUGUAAAUGGCACGAUAUGAAGAAUUCUGACGGAGAUAGAUGCAAGAAGCAGGGGGUGACCGCUACCACUUAUAGUAAUGGUCUUACUGGCAGGGGGUCGGUUAUUAUCUUCUGUCCGAGGUUCUUCGAUGACUGGGCGGUGUCAUCUCUGAGCAAACUUGAGCAAACUCAUUACCCUGAAUACGCCGUGCGGUAUUUGACGUCAAGGGAGCAUGUUAUGGCGCACGAAUUUUUCCAUGCACAAAGUGCUACGGGAAUUUCACCUUACAUCGAUGAUCAGAAAGCUAACAUCCCUGGCGAACACCCGCCUUGGAAGCCCAGUGGGGAGAUAGAUGUUUACGGCGCUAUACCGUGUGCAAAAUUUGCUUGGCUUUUUUUCGCACCAGAUCGUAAAUCCAAAAAGCUUCAGAUCAAUUGGAAGGUUCAGUUAAGUGCGGAUAACCAUGCAUGGCUAUUUACCUUCAAUUGGUUCAAUAAAAAAUUCAACUGGGGGUCAACCGGAAAAUAUGAAUGGGCUCGCCGAGAACUAAAGCGCGAUGACGACCCAGACUCUUUCGGACCGGGAUCGGCGAACGUGACCAACGCAACUAUGCUUGCCUAUGACUGGGAAGGUACUGCCGCAGUGGAAGCUGAUAGUUUAACACUACAUUCCGUUCCACAUCCCAACUGCCAUCAAGUUGGCAAAGACCCAAUGGAUGUGUACACCUUCCAGCCCUUCCAGCACGCCUCUGAUGCCUUCAAAAACUUCGUCUUCUUCUAUAGCACCAACUUGCAGUGCUCGCAGUGA